GUUUCUAAUUCACAUUUUUUUAGAUUUUUGUGAAUUUUUCUUCAUGAAUUGUUGUAUAGUAUGCUCAAUUCGUAUGGAUUCUUGUAAAAAUAAUUUAUUUGUUGUAUAUGUGAUAUUUAAUUAUGUAUUCGUUGUCAUUUUAUGAGAAAACAUGCCUUAAAUGAUUAUAUUCCAUGCCUUAUGUAUUUGAGUUGCUGGAGAUAUAGUAAGAAGCAUGAUAUGUGUAUUAUAUAAUUUUUCUCCCAAUUGUGUUUAUGAUUAAGAAUUCAAAUGUAUAAAGAAUUAUGUUGUUUAAGAGGCAUGGUGCAUUUAUGCAUUUUCAUUGGACAUGGAAUGGGGGAAAGAUUGUUUAAAAAAGGCAAUUAAGUAGUUUUUGGAAAAAGUUUUUUAAAAAGUGUUUGUGAAAAUCGGAUGCCUAGGAGGCGCCUAGUGGUCUGUGGUGUUCAUGUGAUAUAGAGGGAAAUGGAAAGAGACUCUAGUGUGAUUGAACUACCUUGGCCCAGACAAUGCCAUGGAGGUGCCAUGUGGUCGGAGAAAGCUAGCCAACCCUUUCCUUGUGACGCCAUAGAUCGAGAUGCUAUGGGUUGGGUUGCAUUAACGGUUUGAAAUGGUGAAAAUGAAUUGUUUUGGAAAAUGGGGAGCGACAUUGACAUGACAAUGCAUUUCAUUUGCAUAUUUAGUGUAUUUGUGUUACAAUAACAAUUAUUUAUAAGCUUGUAGUUGUGGUUAUUGAUGUGCAUUCCCUAUGACAUGAUCCUGUCCACUUUUUGCCUAUUCUUUGCGUGGAUUUAUGGGGUCAUAAAAGGUGUGUCUUAGACACCUCUUACUGAGCUUAUGCUCACCCCAUUAUUUUAACAUUUUUCAGGUAUAGGGAAAGAAGGGGCAAGCGAAAACCCAUCGCAAAUUAAGAUUGGACUAGAACUCUUAUUUUGUUGUCUUUUGUAUAGAAACAUAAUCAUGUACCUUUUGUAAAAAAAAAAAUUAAGUGUAACUUGUAUAGUGUUGUAAUUGUAGAAUUUGUGUAAAUAAAUAUAUUUCAUAAAUUGCAAUUUAAUAUGAUUAAAGUGAUUCCUUGUUUGGAGGAGAUGGAGGAACGAGACAUUUUGUAUGUAUGUGUUGAUUUUGGAGAUGUUGUAUAUUAUUGCAUUGUGUGUUGGAACAUGAUAUGUAUUUCUAGUCAUUGCAUUUUAUAUGUAUUUCAGCAGGUCGUAGUAGGACUUUUUCUGUAAAAGUCAUACCGAAAUUUUAAUAUUUAUUUUUUAUUAUUAUUUUUUGGGUCGUUACAAUGGGUUUGAGAUUAAGUCUUAAGACAAUUUCUCAGCUGCUAAUUCUAGCACGUGUUGCAGAAGGAGCCGUUUUUUAUGUAACAAAAUUUGGUGCCAGGCCCAAUGCAGAUAUGAGACAGGCUCUAUUGACUGCUUGGAGAAUGGCAUGUGAAACGAGAAAUGCAAGCACAAUUAUAAUUCCAGCAGCCACAUUUUCGUUAAGUCAGGUGAAUCUUCAAGGUCCUUGUGGUGCCCCUAUUGGGAUUGAGCUCAAAGUCAUCCUGAAGGCCCCUCCUCUCAAUCAAAUCAAAGCUGAUGCCUGGGUUGUUUUCUAAAAAGUUGACCGCUUAAGCCUAUCAGGUGGUGGAACUUUUGAUGGCAUCGGUUCUGAAGCUUGGAAAACUUGUGUCCCAAAGAAAAAAUGCCCUCCACGUCCUUCUGUAAGCAGAUUCAUAUAAAUAUGUAUAUAUGUAUUUAUAUAUAUAUAUAUAUAUUUGCUUAUGAAAUUUCAAACAUUAAUUAAUUUUGUUCCAUAUAUAUAUGUAAUUUUCCUUAAUGAGUUGUAUGUCGUCUUUGUGACUGGAUGAUAUAUAACAUGCAGGGUGUAAGGUUCAGCUA